GUCCAUCAAAUCGGCUCAUUUAACGUAUAAAUUUAAUACAUGCAGUUGAGUUACAGCACUGUAUGGAAAACACUUUAGCAAAAUUUAAACAAAAAGUGCGAUUUCAUUGGCAGACAGACUUAGGCGAACUGUAAAGAUCUAGAUUAGAUGACUUUUCCUCAGAUCUAGAUAAGAUGGCGGAAAUCAUGAAAAUGAUGUUUCUUGUGGCAUUUUUACUUUUGCAUGCUGAAUCUGUAGAAGGCUAUGAAUUUCGACUGUCGAAACCCACUUCACAAGACCCAGAGGGUUUUGUAGAAAUAUUUUACGAUGGUUCGUGGGGAUUAAUAGGAAACCCAGAAUUUCGAUUUUCUGACGACACAGCUUCACUUUUAUGUAGAAAAUUCAAGUUAAGUAUGUUUGGAUAUGGUGCCCGCAAUAUUUACCAAUACGGAAACACGUUCAGUCAUUUUUGGUUGCAAAAAUUAGAAUGCAAUGGAAAUGAACAAAGUAUUGAUGAAUGUGUCAAAACUGACGACUUUAGACGUACCCAAUUUAUAAAAGAUGAAGGUACAUCGCUUCAAGAUUAUGGCAGCAAGCUAUAUUGUGUAGAUUACAGACUGAUGGGAGGACUGUCACCAAAUACAGGCAUGCUUCUAGCGGCGUUUUCCGGCACAGAACAUUCAAUGUGUUACCAAGGUUUUGACAGCAGUGCAGGAGACGUGGUGUGUAAGCAUUUACGAUAUAACGGUUUGGUAGCUUUUACCGAAGGUGAUCCCGGCUCAAUACCAUUAUUUAACAAUACACUAACAUGCACGGGAAACGAGAGCUCUCUAAAUGAGUGCACAAUGUCUAAUGCUGUCAUCGAGAAUUGUACAAGAGCUGUUUAUAUAACAUGCAAAGCUGUUAGAUUGACUACAUGGAACGAGCAUAACGAUGAAGGUACUGUAGAGAUAUUUUACAACGGUUCUUGGGGAUAUCUUAGUUCUUGGGAACCUAGAUAUGGAUUCAAUGACGUAACUGCACAAUUUCUUUGCGAAACGUUUGGUUUUCGGUUUGUUUGUUUGUUAUUUUAUUUAAACAUGAAUGGUUACUCCUGAAAUCAAAACAAAUAGAAGCAUUUAGUUAAGUAUUUCAUGAGCAUUUAUGAAUAGAUCUUCGGCCUGUUGAAUGUUGCCGUUUAUAACCUGUUUUUUAUCAUUAUUUAACGUUCAUACAAACAAUAUCUUAUU